AUGACAUUAUUCGCGACGGCGGCCUUGAAAAUCCCAGAUCUCAACCCGGAGGUACACUUACAUGCUUUAAAAAACGGCCUCCAACCUGAAAAGUUCCAGAAAGCCAUAGCGGUAGCGAAGCCGAAGACACUGGCCGAAUUAAGAGACAAAGCAACUGGACAAAUUGAGAUCAAAGAGCUAAGGGAGACUCGAAGAACAGAAAAACCACCAUCUCGAAGAGAAGAAGAAAGGCCGCACAGAUUUCAAAACAAGGACCUCAAGAAACGUUUCAAGUUGAUACCGAAAUUUGACUCGUAUACUAAGUUCAAUACCAAAAGAGAGGAUAUAAUUAAUGAAAUCCUACACAACAAACUUAUAAAGCCACCAAAUAAAGCAGGAACAUAUCAGGACCAAAAGUACGUAGACAUAAGCAAAUACUGUGCAUUCCACCAAAAGUAUGGCCAUACCAUAGAGGAAUGCAUAGUGGCCAUACUUAUUGGAAAUAUUAGCCAGAAGGGCCUACUAGAUAAAUAUGUCACUUCCAGAAACCAGAAAGAAACAAUCAGAGACGCUAACAAGCCGAAUUAUGGUUCAGAUCACAAAGACAAAGAAAUUUGCCAUAGAGUAGUCGAAUCUCUUACUUCGAAAGGAGUAAUAAAUUACAUUUUGGGAGACUUUGCAAGAGGAGAAGCAACUAAUACGUCCAUAAAAAGGAGUUACCAAGCCAUGACGACAAUGGACGAAUCUCGCCAAGAGACACAUACUUCACCUCCAACAGAACGGAUUGCCUUCGAUGCUUCCAAGCUCAAGUCGCAAUGUCCGAACUUAGACGAUCCAGUGGUAAUUUCGAUACACAUGGAAGAAUUGAUAGUAAAAAGGGUCCUACUUGACCCUGGGAGUAGCGCUGAUGAGUUGUUCUAA